AAAAACUCGUUGCUGCUGAUGAGGAAGGCCUACCAGAGUCGUCAAAAUCUUAACAGAGACUUGAUAAGUGUGUGUUUAUCCUAUUUUCUGUGAUUUUUAUUCGGAUUUUCUCUCGGUGUGCCGCAGGGACACAUGUUGACACAGCGUUUCUCUUACGAUACAAGGCACGGGACUUAUCAGCUCAAUGCUUGAAGCCAAUUAUUUUGACUAGUGGGACUUCAGGAGGCUUAAAUUAUUUCUUAAGUUUCAAUUCAUCUUUCAACUAACGUUCGGGCGUAGUUUAUUACAUACGAACACGUGGGAGAGAAAAAUUGUGUUUUGUUUUUAUUUUGAUGAUAACUGGGUAUGAUAUGUCAUUAGAAAGUUUUUUCUCACAAAACAAAUUCUUAUCUCUAGUCAGGGAGUUAAUUUGCAGACAUCAGACUCUGUUUCCAACAAACAAUGAUUUAAACAAUGCUUUAAGAUAAGCGCUUACAUUACAUGUGAAGUUGGCGUUGUUCUCUGGUCUUUGGAAAUUAGCAGACGACACUCUUGCAAAAUGAUGAUGACUGCAGAUUACAGAAGUUGUAGGUUCGAUCAUAAUGUGGCCGGACAGUUUAGUGGAGGCUCGAAUCCGGAAAUGUUCGAUAACAGAUACCUAUCGGAAUUAUCUUCUUACACCGGGACAACAGGGGCUCGAGACUAUUUUACAGCAUCCGCUGUGCCGUACCAGAGAUAUCCGGGCAGGGCAUAUUCGGAACACUAUCAGUUUCCAGGAAACACUUCAAGUUCGUCUUCUUCAAAUUUCUACAACAAUUCAAGUCCGGAUUAUGAACGAAGUAAAGGCAGAUCUCACAGUGGGGAUAAGACGCAGCAGGCGAACACAAAGUCUGUCAAAGACGAAAAAGAUGAAAAAUCGACAACAAUAAAAACAACUGAGUCAAAGGACUCUAAGUGCAGUGACGAUUUAGUGGACAACGAAGAUCAUAUCAUGGAUUUAAAACAUAAUAGUCCUAUGUCAUCUUGUGGAGGAUCUCUUAAAGACGAAAUUUCGGACAAAAGUGGAGAUGACAUUAAUUCCGCAGACGACAAUGAAGAACAUCUCACGCACGUGCUCGCUCCGGGUUACCAUGGUGAAAAUAGACGCUGUUUAUUAUGGGCUUGUAAAGCUUGUAAAAGAAAAAGUGUUCAAAUUGACAGAAGGAAAGCCGCAACAAUGCGGGAACGCCGGCGUCUGCGAAAAGUCAACGAGGCGUUUGAGGUGUUAAAGAAACGAACAUGCCCAAAUCCUAACCAAAGACUUCCAAAAGUAGAAAUUUUGCGGAACGCCAUCGAGUAUAUUGAAAGUUUAGAAGACAUGCUUCAUGGGAACAGAAUAGUACGAGCAGACGACCAUUGUAAUGACACAAAUUCUACAAAUGGUUCUGACUAUAUGACAGUGAACAGUCCACAUUUUUAUCCGGAUAAACUUCAUCAUAUGGCGGAUAUGACCAAUGGUUACCAAACACAUCCAAAUGGCUACAUGGAUCACAGUCAUCAUCAUCCUCAACAACAGCAGCAACAACAACAAUCACAACAACACACAAACGUCAGCAGUUUGGAUUGUUUGUCAUUGAUUGUAGAAAGUAUAAGCCCCACUACAGGCUCUCCGAUGAUGAGCACAAUGGCACCUGGCGAGCGCCCUCUAUAGUGUGAUUCCCUCAUCAUGUAAUAAGUGGAUAUAUGUUAGUGUGUAUUACUAUUAUACACUAAAAAUAAAAACAACACAAAGUUGAAACUCGGAUGUUGCUGCAGUGCAAGAAAAAAAAGAAGUUUCAGCGACGCUUUGAUUCUCAAGAAUCAUACUUCCGGUUUUUGUUCAAAAAGAAAACAUCAGGAUGGAAUAUUGAACUCUUGAAUAUGAAUUUUGAUCCUGACCCUAACCAUAUCCCGGAAUUGUGAAAAUAGAAAACGUUUCUCGCAAAGGAGCUACAUUUAUUGAAAUGAUACAAAAGAGGACUUUAAUAGGUGCGUACUGUCAACGUCUUUUGACAGAUGCUGAGUGAAUGUUGACUGUGGUAUUAAAUUACUUACUUAAAUUACUUUGAGAUGUGUUAGCUACAUAUAUUUAUAAUAAGUGAACCGUUUUAAUGCAAAUAUAAAUAACAUGAUGUCAUUCAACAUUGUUAUACAUGUAACUACAAUGGACACAUUAUGUAUAUGUAUGACAUCAACAUAUGGCGUAAUGUUGUACUUGAAACUUUUAUAUAACCGGAAGUGAGGUUUUAUUCCGUUUCCGGUCAUCAAAUUUAUAUUUGAAACAGUUCAUUGCUGAACAGAGAUAUUUAUUAAUGAAUCAUAUAACUUUAUGCCAAACUUUAAUUUCUUUUUCUUUUUUUUAUUUAUUUUGUAAAUCAUGGUAAUACAAUUAAUCGUGAUUUAAGAAUAUUUUAGAACAUUUAUAGUACAUUUUCUACAGCGCGAUUUAUCUUAAACAUGCAUAUCUUAGAAUAUGGUUUUUUUAGCAUGUGAUUAUUCUAGACCAAUGAUUUUCUAGAACAUGAAUAUAGUCUAUAACAUAAUUAUUCAGGAAUAUAAUGAUUAUACAUGUAUAAUGUGAAUAUUUUAGAACAUGAUGAUUAUAGAAUAUGAUUAUUCAAGAACAUUAUUAUUCAAGAACUUUUUUUUUUUUCAAGAACAUUAUUAUUCAAGAACAUUUUUUUUCAAGCACAUUUUUAUUGAAGAACAUUUUUUUCAAGAACAUUAUUAUUCAAGAACAUUAUUUUUCAAGAACAUUAUCAUUCAAAAACAUUAUUAUUCAAGAACAUUAUUAUUAAAGAAUAUUUUUAUUCAGGAACAUUAUUUGUCAAGAACAUUAUUAUUCAAGAACAUUAUUAUUAUAGAAUAGUAUUAUUAAAUAUUUAAUUAUGCAACAGCUAAUAGAAGGCAACUUGCUUGAACAUGUUAGGUCACAUGACAUAUUUGGAUAUGCUAAAAAAUCUUUCUGUACGACCAAAAUAUUAUGACUGAUAAUUUGUUGAGCUAUUCAUCUUAAUGGAGUUUAAAAUUCACGCUGUCAGAGAAAUGACCCCAUUGUUGUAAACGUUAUGUAAUAUGUUUGUGUUCGAUUAUUGUUUUCUAGAAUAUCAGAAAACAAACGCAAUCUGACAUUUCUGGAUAAAAUGGUACCGAUGCAGACGUAAAUUAUGUUUGUUAUUAUACAUGUCAAUAUCUCUAUCAUCAAUUGUCAUUUCUUAUAACAUUCUUCUGUUCAUGAAGCAGUGAAGCAGUUGAUGGGCAUAAUAAAUUCCAGUCUUUAUGUAAUGUCAGCGGUCAGCGCGAGUACCAGUUGCAAGUUGCAGAAGAUGGUCAGGUUGUUUGUGCACGUGUAUAACACGUUAGAUAAUAAUACACGUGCUAUUAUAUCCCACUUACUUACACAUUAUUAUUUUCCUUAAUAUUGUUAAAGGCCAAUAAGCCCCAGAAAUGCUUUUUAUUUACAUUUCUUAAAAGCGUUUUAAUUUUGGUGUACUGUUAUGUCAUCCAAAAGUUACUCAUUGGUCAAUUACGUGAAGCAUCUGUUGCUUUUUGGCAAUACGUACAGAUAUACUUAUAGUACAGUUUUAGUGAAUUCGUAUUUUGUAUGGAAAUUGAAAUACUCCUUUGUUAACAUUUUGAUACUUUUAUGACAAAUUAUUUCACAUUUAUUGGUACUUUCAUCAGGUAUUAAGAAUCUAACAUAAUCUGAAACCAUUAUUUAAACAUUAUAAAAGUAGUCAUUUUUCCCCUUUUUAAAGAAGUAAAAUUUUAAUUGUUUUUAGGCAUAAUGUGCCUUUAAGAAAUAUUAUUACUUCUAGUGAUGAAAUUAAUAUCUAUAUUUAAAUGUAAAGAGAAGCAUCGAUGCCAAACGGCAACAGGGGUUUAAGCGGAUUGCGCAUGCCCGAAUAGAAUUUUUGUUAUGGAACGUUUUACUCUGUUUUCUUAGAUAAACAAUAAGCGUUUAACAACAGAGACAUGUUAUUGUUUAUACUUUCUCUAGGUAUGAGCAUAUAAGAAUAUGAAAGAAUAUGUUCCCAGCGGUUUGUUUUUUUUAAAUUUAUAAAGUAUAGUGUGCAUAUAAUUUUCGCCGAUCAUAGCUGUAACCCUGGGAUUGUAUUGUUAAAUGCUAUGGUGUUUUAGCGUUUUAGCAAAUACAUAGCGCCACGUUUUUUUCUUCAAUAUUUGCAUUUAAAUAACAUCGUCAAUUGUAUUUAUUUAGCCAGAUUUAUCACUGAUUUGUUCUGUAUAUAAAUGUUUUAAUGUUCAAACUGAUAUUUUGAAAAAUAUUUACAUUUUGUAUAUACAUAUUGUAAUAUUAUUAUGUAAACUGUUAUUUAUGGAAAAAAAGUAAAGCACUAAAAUAAA